AUUUGUUGUGAUCUGGAUGAAUCCAAGAGUUAGUUCGCCUGCCUGUCAGGAGCAUAGAAUACGCUAGAUUCAGAGACAUUGUUAUAGAGGUAAACAAUAUUGAUUGACAUCAGACAGGUGCAAUAGUAUACCUAUUGACUAUACAAUAUAACCAGACUAUGAGUGUUCGACGACAGCGUUAGUUUUUUCCCAUCUAUCAAGCAUUAAAAAAGUGUCGUGGAAAUGCCACCAAUAGUGCAAGAAAAACCGUACGUCGUGAUAACCGAGCAGCCGCAGUCGAAAGCCCUCAGGUUUCGGUACGAAUGUGAAGGUCGGUCGGCGGGUUCGAUUCCCGGAGUACACAGUACACCGGAACAGAAGACAUAUCCUUCCAUCGAAAUACGUGGCUACAAAGGACGAGCAAUUGCUGUGGUAUCCUGUGUUACUAAGGACCCACCCUAUCGCCCCCAUCCACACAAUCUCGUGGGAAAAGAAGGUUGUAAGGAAGGUGUUUGUACUGUGCACAUAGACAGCAGCACUAUGAGCUACGUGUUUAGUAAUCUUGGGAUACAAUGUGUGAAAAAGAAGGGAAUUGAGGAGUCACUUAUGCAGAGAAAAAGGAUAAAAGUGGACCCGUUUCACACUCAAUUUGGGCACGCAAAACAACCUGCCACCAUCGACUUAAAUGCCGUUCGGCUUUGCUUUCAAGUUUACCUGCCAGGUCCCGAUGGAAAAUUUACACAGCCACUCCAACCGGUGGUUUCUGACAUAAUUUUCGAUAAAAAAGCUAUGUCCGAUUUGGUGAUAUGUAAGUUAAGUCAUGUGACUGCACCAGUUUCAGGCGGAAAAGAAAUCAUUCUGCUCUGCGAGAAAGUUACCAAAGAGGACAUAUCGGUGCGAUUUUACGAAGAACAGCAAGGCAGAAUACUGUGGACAGAUACCGGAGAGUUUCAACAUCAUAAUGUGCACAAGCAAGUGGCUAUAUCUUUCAGAACACCCAGAUAUCGUACGCUCGAUGUCGAGCAAUCUGUGAUGGUGCAUAUCCAGCUGAGAAGACCUUCGGAUGGUGCAACCAGUGAACCCCUGCCGUUUGAGCUUGUUCCAGUUGAUACACUGAGUCAAAAACGAAAAAGGCAAAAAAUGAGCAGUUGUGAAAUAACCGAUUUUAAUCCUGCUUUUGGCGGCCAAAUGAUAAACAUCCCAACAGAAUCAGCGAGAGCGAAUCGAAGGGAAGCGUCGCCCCAGUUUCGUGGUUUUAAUGGACCUUACCGCAACCCCAAUGACACUGCUGUGAUACAACCGUCUCCAGCUGCACAUCAAGGAAACAACUCUCCAUUCAUGACGGAACACAGUAUGCCAGUACCAAGAGCUUACCAGCCGGGCCCUGCUAAUGAUUUUUUCAUGACUGGACAGCACUCGCAAUAUCAGUACAACUAUCCUGGUACCGCAUCGGGGUAUGCACAUCAUCAACAGCCCCAUUUACGGACCCAGCAGCAGCCACAAAAUGCAUUUCAAUUACCUGCAAACCCCGGCAAUAUGCAUUAUAAUGGAAACAAUGAUAUGGCUACCGGGGGACUGCCGGCGAUGGGAAAUCCGGGUGUCGAGUGCAACAUCGGUAAUAUAGUGGAGAUGGAUCUUGGUUUCACCAUGACUUCGUCGGAGUAUAAAUCCUUGAUAGGAAAUCUUGGCACAGCAGACAUCAAGCAGGAACAUUACCAGCAGCGCAUGCAAGAGGAGGAAGAGAACCUUUCCAAUAGUUUUACGAGAUUGACAACAAAUCCAAUGAAUGAUUUGGGCAAAUGAGAAUAAUUUUAGAUUUUUUUAAGUAUGUUUAAGUUUUGUAAAUAUUGUUUUAUCGUUGGUGAAAUAUUGUGAUAUUACUUGUACUGAAGGUUACCGCAGCAAAGUUGCAUGAAAAUGCAAAUAAAUGACUACCUGGAGAAA